AUGUUGAACAUUUUCCGCGUCCUGGGGGACUUCUCCCAUCUGGCGUCGAUUAUGAUUCUUUUGCACAAGAUGACGCAGAUGAGCAGCUGUUCCGGCAUCUCGUUCAAGUCCCAAGCUCUCUAUUUCCUCGUCUACAUCACCAGAUAUCUCGAUCUCUUCUCGACGUCCAGCCUGUACAACCUGGUUUUCAAGAUCCUCUUCAUCGGCACGCAGGGCUACAUCAUCUACCUCAUGACCACAGCUUACAAGCCCACCAACGACCCAAACCUUGACACUUUCCGAGUUCAGUACCUGCUUGGAGGGGCCGCGGUUCUCGCCAUCCUGCUCCCCUACAAGUACAACCUCUGGGAGAUCUUCUGGGCCUUCUCCAUCUGGCUCGAGUCAGUCGCUAUUCUGCCCCAGCUCUUCAUGCUUCAGCGCACAGGAGAGGCCGAGACCAUCACCACCCACUACCUCUUCGCACUGGGCAUCUACCGCGCGCUCUACAUCCCCAACUGGCUCUGGCGAUAUUUCACCGAGGUUGACCACAAGGUUGACUGGAUUGCCGCUGUCGCUGGUAUCAUUCAGACCAUCCUCUACAGCGACUUCUUCUGGAUCUACUACCAGAAGGUUCUCAAGGGCAAGAAGUUCAAGCUGCCGGUCUAA